AAACAACCGCAUUAUACCAUUGCAAAAUGAUAAAUUUCACAUUUAUUUAUAAGAAAAAAACUGUAAUUGGGUAAGCAAGCAUCAGCAUACAUCAUUUUUUCCGUAAAAGAAGCAUCUUAGAACAUGUUUAUUUUUAAUUAUUUAUAAAAUAUUUUCUGCAGCCAAAAUCAUAUUCCAAACAACAAUAGCUAUUACCAUCUCGUUGUUAAAAGACAUUUAGUUAUAAUAAUUUCCAUACGAAAAAAAUAUGAAAAGCUUCGUAAGCCUUGAAAUUAAAUGGAUAAAAAAAGUGAAAUGUCUCAAGAAUUUUUAAUACCCAUGUUUUCCUAAAAAUAAUUACAGUAUAAACAAAUUAUGUAGGUGUUGAGAAACAAGAAAAGGGGCUCAGUAGACUUUGAAAAUAAUAGAAUUCAAAUAAUAUGUUUUAGAGCUCAGUAUUUAAUUUAGAGUGUACACAAAGCUACAAAACAUUCCCAAAGAAAAUAUUUUGGAAAGAGGUUUAUUAAGAUUAAAGACACGAUGCUGCGCAUUCCCGGGAUGCCCCUCCUUCCGGGCACGCUGUUCCGCGAUGUAUCUAAGGGUCAUUAUCCAAAACCGCAAUCGCUGUCCAACUUCCAAGGACUCAGCAUGCUAAAUGAUCGCCAGCAACCUCCUCCUGCGGACUCGGGCAGCGUCACGGUGGACAUAAGCUGUCCGCCGGUUGGGGCCUCCUCCAUAUAUCCACCCCGGUCGGGUCCCCGGAUGCCUCCUUGGUUGGCUUACGACAAGAAGGUCCUGUGUUUCAACGCCUACUUCAAGCAAACUCUGCAGGAGGUCUACCAUGCACCCUACCUUGUUCGCAAGGUCAAGAUAUACUACUACCUGGAAGACGGUACCCUGGAGAUCUAUGAACCCAGAGUGGAUAACUCUGGCAUCGUGCAAGGCUGUGUGGUCCAUCGCCAGCGCGUCCAGAAGGCUCCCCCUUGUGAUAACGAGUUCAUGUCGUUAAUUGACUUAAACGUUGACCAGACAGUGCAGAUAUUCGACCGUCAAUAUCAUAUCACUAACUGUGAUCCGUUUACGCGGGAUUUUCUUAACAAACGUGGCAUUACCGUCCCCGAUCCCGUAAAAUCACCAUGCGAUCCUACCGAGACGCAAAGAAAGCGUGAGCAACAAAAACGAGGUGGUAAUUCAGGCCCGAAGAACCAUCCAUUUGCACAAUUUUUGAAAUUCGAUCGACAAAUACUAAAGUUUCAGGCUUACUGGGAUGAUCGAACUGAGUUUGGCGACGUACGAAAGUUGGAAGUGUGUUACUAUCUGGCCGACGAUACUAUAGAAAUCAAGGAACAACACAUUCGAAAUUCUGGUCGCGACGGGCCGACAGUAUUUCUUAAACGAGGACGCUUAGCUCGGGAAUUCGAAGGACUUACGCUGCCAGGUCAGAUGACGCCGAUGACGCUUCUAAAUGUCCUGGGCACCAACAUGCGCAACGUACGCUACUGCGUGGAUCCUCUGAAUACGGGCUAUAAGGAGAUCCAUUACUACAGCGAGCGUGAUCUCCAGAUCGGGAGUGUGAUAAAUGUGUACGGUCGGGCGGUGGUGAUCACCGAACUGGACCCCUUCACCCAGCAGUAUUACCGCCAGAAGUACGGCAUCCAGGAAUUCACUCCACUGGCGAUUCCCACGAGGACGGACGACUGUGCCGACCACCGGAAGGGGGAGCGCAUCCUGCCACCUUUCAACGGCUGGGGCAGCUAUGAGGACUCGGUGGGCAACUGCAUAUCCGUGGAGCCCAAGCCGCCGAGAUCGGACUUCAAGAAGUUCAUCAAGUACGAUCGCUACGUGCUGCGCUUCGGUGCCAAGAUGCUGUCGACCAUAAAGGCCAAUUGCGAGCGAAUAUUCGUGAUCAGCUACUAUCUGGCCGAUGAUACACUGCAGAUCCAGGAGAUAGCAGUGCGCAACUCCGGCUUCCUCGGCGGCGAGUUCAUGAAGCGCACCCGACUGGAGCUGCCGGGCCAGGAGAGAUUCUCCUGCAAGCAGCCGCAGUACUACAUGCCGUGGAACUUCUUCAUCGGGUCCACCAUGUCGCUGAAGGACUUCAUUUUCCACAUCGUCUCGGCCGAUGAGUACACGCUGAUGUACAUGGAGCACCAUCCGGAGCAGUUUGGCCAGGCCAACGUGCUGGUCAUCAUGGAGAAGGUUCGCUGUGGACUGAAGAGCCGCAUGGCCGAGUUUGUGGGAUCGUGUGUGCCGGACUGCAACGAUUUGGAAAACAAGCGCGAUGUCUUUGUGACGUUCGAGAGCUUUAAGGGAGCGCUGAUCGGGAUCAUUGGCAACCUGAUCAGCGACCACGAGAUCAUCACCCUGUGCCGCCACUUCUCGGCGGAGAAGAGUGCUCCGCACGCCUGUGACCGGGCCACUGUGCGGGCGGCGGCCCAUCUGGAGCUGAAGCGAGCCCUGUGGAACGCCCGCGACGACCUGAUGGAGCACUUCCACCACAUCAACCCCACCAACCAGCCGUUCCUUCCGGAGUCCAAGGUGCGCUCCGCCCUCCGGGGCUGCCGGCUCCCCUUCUCCCUCGAGCUCAUCGACAACAUCCUGUCCAUCCUGAACCGCAACGAGUGCGACGACAUCGAGGUGUGCGACCUGAUGAACUUCAUUGACGUGUCCUGCGGCAAGGGCUGCAACAUGCUGCCCGUGAACCACGCCUUCGAGCUGUGCCCGAAGAUCCCCUUCCUGAACAAGGGCCGCAUGGUGAACUUCACCUGCUUCCUGCGUGACCUGAAGCUGCCCCUCAACUUGCCAGCGGGGGGCGAAAAGAAGAACGACACCAUUGGAGAGGCCAGGAUAAUGCCGCCAUCGCUGGGAUCGGAGCCGGAGUUCCAGAAGCAUGACAACCCCCACGAGAUGGGGGAGAUGGCCGCCAAGGCACACGGUUGAAAAGUUACUAGUUGGUUUACUCUGUGAAUUAAGGUUGCACCACAUUUAGGUCGUUCCAAAUUUUUGGUUGUAAUUCAUUCCUUCAGGUUGCAAAAUAUAUUGAAAAAUCAAUCGAA